CGUUUUUUUAUCCUUAUCCCCGUUUCCAUCCCCGUUAUUCCCACCCGCCCCCUCCUCCUCCUUCUCCUCCUCCUCCCCGGUCGCGCCCUGCCCCGGCAGGGAGGCACGGAGCCUUCUUUGGGACGCGGUGUCCUAUUUGGUGUGGGUGGAUGGCUUAACUUGCUGGUAAUUUCUGCUGCGUCAACACCCAGCUCAAGGGAGAGGAGAAGAGACAAGGGGGCAUUUUAACAGCAGCUCCACUUGCGGAUAGCCAGCCUCAAUCCCGGCUCCAGCAUUAAAACCCUUUCCGCCCCCUAAAAACCAGCAUCCGUGCAAGUUGGACCAAGAGUUUGUCAGGAGUGUGGUUCAAAACUGCUUGGAAAAAGGGAUGAGGACAUCUGAUGAACCUUUUGGAGCUUGUUACCAGAGACCAUUCUCCUCUCUUCACUGAAACAUGCACUGCCCAGCUGGGAAACAUCGCCACAUUUAUUUUUGCUAACAGGAAACACUUUUAAAUAUCGUUCUGUCUUUCUCCUACAAGAGUUCACGCCAGUGCUGUCGGAAGGUCACGGAACAGGGCACUACCUGUGCUGCCCUGGGGCUGUUGAUGUCCUCAGCUGUUGUAGGAGAAACACUAGACCUGGAACCCAGCCUGUUACUGGACCUGUGGAAGAGGAAGCAUAAAGAUUUCCAGAUGAAUAACCGAAAGGAAGACAUGGAGAUUGCUUCCCACUACCGUCACCUGCUGCGGGAGCUGAACGAGCAGCGGCAGCACGGCAUCCUCUGCGACGUCUGCAUCAUCGUGGAGGGCAAGAUCUUCAAGGCUCACAAAAACGUCCUCCUGGGCAGCAGCCGCUACUUCAAGACUCUCUACUGCCAGGUGCAGAAAACCUCCGACCAGGCCACGGUCACCCACCUGGACAUCGUCACCGCGCAGGGCUUCAAGGCGAUCAUCGACUUCAUGUAUUCCGCGCACCUGGCGCUCACCAGCCGGAACGUCAUCGAGGUGAUGUCGGCCGCCAGCUACCUGCAGAUGACGGACAUCGUGCAGGCCUGCCACAACUUCAUCAAGGCGGCCCUGGACAUCAGCAUAAAGUCUGAUGCCUCGGAGGACCUCGUUGAUUACGAGCUGGGAGCCCCUUCCAGCAGCAGCACGGACGCGUUGAUUUCGGCGGUGGUGGCUGGCAGGAGCAUAUCUCCGUGGCUGGCCCGGAGAACCAGCCCGGCAAACUCCUCUGGGGACUCAGCUAUUGCCAGCUGCCACGAGGGAGGGAGUAGUUACGGAAAGGAGGAUCAAGAACCAAAAGCGGACAGCCACGAGGACGUUUCGUCCCAGUCUCUCUGGGCCAGUGACAUGGGCUAUGGGUCUUUACGUAUCAAAGAGGAACAGGUUUCACCCUCGCAUUACGGAGGGGGGGAGCUUCAUUCUGCCAAGGAUAGUGCAAUACAGAGCGGGUUCUCAGAGCAAGGCGUGGGGGAUGGCUGGCAGCCCACGGGGCGCAGGAAGAACAGGAAAAACAAAGAGACUGUGCGGCACAUCACGCAGCAAGUGGAGGACGACAGCAGGGCAAACUCCCCGGUGCUGCCUUUCUCACCUGCCUCGGGAUGGCCCUACAGCAGUCGAGACCCAAGUGCUGAUGUGACAGGGACAGAGCCCAGCAGCUCUGACAGCAGGGGGGAGCGGCCAGACCCCUAUGCCAACGUGGAGGAGGCUCUCCUGGGCGGGGAAUCCAGCUACAUCCACCAGCCCCUGACCCCGGAGAAGGAGGACGCGCUCCAGGCCGCCACGGUCGCCAACCUGCGCGCGGCUCUCAUGAGUAAGAACAGUUUGCUGUCCCUGAAAGCCGACAUGCUGGGCGAGGACAGCUCCCUGCUCUUCGAGUACCUACCCAAAGGCACCCACUCGCUCUCUCGGCCUGGCACCAACUCGAAUCCUUCAAGGGGAGAAUGUGAUGGCAAAGUGGAAGCACCAUCUCCCCCGCUGCCUUCAGCACACCUUGCCACUCAGAGCCCCCCCGGGAUCUGCUCUUCUGGUGAAAUGUCACCAGAAACUGUGAUAAAAGGAGAGGUGCCUUCCUCAGCCCAGGCCGCUUACGACAGAGUGUUGGCACUUUGGCAGUUUGAUAACUCUGACUCGGACACGAGUUUCUCCAGGCCCGAAGACGCAGACGUUGCCACCGAUGGGACCUUCCUGGAUUCAGCCCUGGCCAAGAGGCUGACCUGUGGCUUCUGCAGGAGGGUGUUCCAGUGUGCUGAGGAGCUGAAGGAGCACAUCCACGAGCACGCCUUCUCCACGCUUCUCCCGCUGGAUGUGGUCGACUGCUCCCGGCCCGGCCUCGCCGACAGCGUUCCCGCCGGCCAGCUCGGCCGCUUCCAGUGCUCCAAGUGCCCCGCCAGCUUCACUCUGAAAUCCAACAUGGACCGCCACGAAAAGACCAUCCACUUCCACUUCAACGAGUUCACAGUCAUCAGGAAGAAAUUCAAGUGCCCCUACUGCAGCUUUUCAGCCAUGCAUCAGUGCAUCCUGAAGAGACACAUGCGAUCCCACACGGGAGAGAGGCCCUACCCCUGCGAGAUCUGUGGGAAGAAGUUCACCCGCCGGGAGCACAUGAAGCGGCACACCUUGGUCCACAGCAAAGACAAAAAAUACGUCUGCAAGGUGUGCAACCGGGUGUUCAUGUCGGCGGCCAGCGUGGGCAUCAAGCACGGCUCCCGCCGCCACGGCGUCUGCGCCGACUGCUCCGGCCGCGGCAUCGCCGGCCACCUGGACCACAACGGCGGGGAAGGGUCCCCUGACGAGUGUUACCCCGGGGAAGGGCAGUACAUGGAAGACCCGGAUGACAUUAAAGUGGAAGGAGACGAGGAGAUGGGAGACGACGACGACAUCAAGUGGAAGGACGACGUGGGGAUGUCACAGGAUGAUGUGAUUUUAGAUGACGACAAAGAUGUUGACUCCCCGCAGGAGCCGGACAACUCUGGGGAGAACGACAAGGAUUUUACCUGGAUUUCUUAGGGAUUAUUUUUUUGUUUUGGUUUUUUGUUUCGCUCUGUUGUUUGUAGGGGGAGGGAGGGUGGGGAGGAAGGAGUAUGUUGGAAAAACUUAAGUAGCCUUGUUGUCGUCCAUGUGUGCAAAAUAACUCUUGUGUUUUCUAAACAAGUCCUUCUCUGUUCCACUCAAGACACUGUCUUAGCAGUGUCGCUUCCAGCGGCACGACUGACUUUGCCUUCCCUUUUCCCCCCUUCUCCCCCUGGGAGCCCCCACCCGCAGCCGCCCCUCCGGCCGAGCCAGCCGGGAUGCAUGUGAGGGAGAUGGAAUUGCUGCAGGUGUGGGCAGGCUGGGUGAAGCAUGAGUCCUCCUCCCCUUCCCACCCUGAACCGAGCACCGGGGAGGUUUUUGUGUCCGAAGCAGGUUGGUUGGUUGGGGGAUUUUUUUUUAACACCUUCUCUGGGCUAAAAUCCCAGCAGCAGUGGAAUUCCAAGCUAACGUUGUGAAAGCAGAUGGAUGCAUGCAUUGGAGGGCUUCCCCUGACAGAUACAAGCCUUUUGCAAAGUUAUUUAAAGAGUUUAUAUUGUUUGUUUUUUUACGGAGCCAAAUAGAUCAAAAGGCAAGUCAGACUACAGCCUUACGAAUACUUCUCUGAGAUUCUCAGCUUCCAAAAGAAUCGCCAUCAAAGACAGAUUGUGACUUUUUCUUGGACCUACUGGCAUCUUCCCCACGUCCUGUCUUCCAGCCUUGGUUAUCCACGGGCACCGAAACGCGUGUUGGUGCUUCUGGAAGCACCUUUUGCUCUAGAGGGCACAGGUAGUUCUGUACCUGUCAUUCUUCUCCACAAAUAUCUCCCACUUCUCCCCCUUUGCUCAGCUGCCUUUUUCGUAAAUAUAUGCAAACCGUAGCAAAAACGAGGCAUUGGGCCAAGUGCAGGAUGAGCUGGGAAAGGCGGGAAGCCAAGGUGAGGAGAUCCCAGCGGGGUGGAACCUUGCUGCUCCCGUCCCGUGGACUGUGGUGGGGCCAGGAUUUCGCCUGGGUACCUUGUUCUUCCUUGCCAAUCUAAACACUCUCGUUCAUCACUGGGAGGUGUAGCAAACGCCUGCUUGGUUCAUGACAAAAACUUCAGCUGCGCUGGUUCUGUGUAAAUUUUCAAAUAAAGCAUUUUCUCUUUCAAUAAGAACCAGGUUUCUCUCCCGGAGUCUCCUCAGACUCUGUGGGGCCGCUCCAGGUAGUUGGAUUCUCCCUGUUCAUAUCGGCCACUGUUGCCUUCUUCCAGCUACACCUAAAUAACAGUAACAGCGUGUGUUGGAAGUGUCUUUGUUCCUGAGACGCAGCUUGUUCUACCUUCACUUCUUUGCUUCUGGUGCUUUUUUUAAAUAAAUAAAUGAAAAAAAAAAAAAAAAAAAAGCUGAAGACCUCACUCCUUCCUUGCCAUCGAGCAGUUUUCUACAAUGUCUGCCACUAAAGACAACCCAGAAGCCAAAUGACUCAAGGUGCUAUUUUCCUCCCUGCGGGACAGAGAGCAUUCCUGCAGGCCUGGUGGUCCCUAAGGAAAAGCCUGGUUCCACCCAGCAAAGGAAUUAAAAGCAUAUUGUGCAUAAACCCCCGUAAAGCAAAUCAUCUGGAAGGAUUUAAGGCGCUCGGUGCCGGGAUUUGGUGGAGUGCGGUGGGAGCUUCGAUCCUGGCACUUGCAGGGGCUGGUUCUCUGUUCAUUCCCUGAUUCCAGCUGCAUCCUGGGUUUAUGGCGUUCAGUCUCUUUCUCUGCUCCUCACUUCCUUGCAGACAUUCAUUCACCACAUCCUCUCUGCAUCCAUCAUCCCCAGUUCACGCUGGCCAUCAUCUCCUCUGGGAGCCUCCAGCAGCUCCCAGGCUCCUGCUGGGUUGGUUUGGGGGGUUCCUCAGCAGUGUGGGAACGCGGGUCUUUCCUAAAAAUCCUCUGUGAGGCCACGCCAGCAUCGCUGCUGCUGCUCCUUGGACUGGGGGAGUUAGUGGGACUUUGUUGCUUUAGCCAGUGAGCAUGGAUAACCCUCUUCCUCAAAUGUGGGAAGAGCAGAGUGGGUCGUGCAGGAACAUUUUUAUUAACCUGUAAAAAUCCCGUUUUGCAUUUUAGCUUCUUUUCCUUCUCUUCCCCUAUUUAAAAAGCUGUAAAAACCCACCCAGUAUGUCACGAUUGGACCUUUAUAUACCUUUUGCCAGCGGUUUUGGGGGGGGUUUCCAGAAUGAUAAUUUCCUUAUCCCGCUUUUGGCCCCCUGGAGUGCGGGCUCUGUAUUUAUUGUCAUUUACCCUGUAAAUAUGGAGGGGGUGGGCAUGCCUGAGGUCCUGAACGUGCAGCCUCACCUGUUACAUGUAGACAAAUACAUACAGUACUUAAAGAUUUAUCUGUAGCUUUGCUUUUUAUAUGUAAAAAUCUAUUUAAAAAAAAAAAAAAGAAUUUUAAGACCCAGCCAGUUCAAACCCCUGGGUUUGCGUGACAUUCCGAUCGCCCAUCCCCUCUGAUUCCAGUGUGUGCAUCCACCUUCCAAGGAGGAGCAGGUGUGGGCUGAGUCCUCCUCUUCCUCCUGCCCUCACCCUUGGGUGACUCAGUUUUGUAAUUGGAUUUACAGGGUGCUGAGCUUUGCUUCACAAUUCCUUUGGAAAUGCCGUAUUAUUUUCUUGUCUUUCCUUAUUUUUAUUAAGGGUGGGCAGAGGGGCCAGGCGGCGCCCAGGAGCGUUCCCCAGUUGUGCCACUUCGAGGCUCUUCGAGCUGAGGAUGCAAAAAAAUAAAAGCAAUGAAAAAAAAAAAAAGGAGAGAAAAACGGAAAAUCCACAUAAAAACUUCUCCCAGGUUACCGUUCUAACCUCGCACGAGCUUCUGCCCCACUAACACCACGUACCAAAUAAACCCCUCCUGACACCUGAUGUCCAGUGAAGUGCUUUGUUUUGAUGGAGGUGGGAACACAGGAAUUAACCUUCUCCGACUUCAGUUCAAAAACAGGAAUUUGGGUGCAUUUUUUUUUUUUUUUUUUAAUGCUGAAACUUUAUAUAAACUUCAUCAGUUGCUCUGGGUGAUCACAUCCCUCCAGCUUCUCUCCGGGAUCUCUCAGAUCUACUGCCUAUGCAAACUUCUGCUCUUGGAGAUUUAAACAAAACCCCACUGAUUCUGCCUGUUCUGCAUCUCGUCUUUGUACUUCCCUUCAGGGCUUUGUAUACUUCACUGAGGUUCCCUUUUUUUAAUUUUUUCUAAAUAUAUAUAUAUAUAUAUAAUAUGUGUGUGUAUAUAUAUACAGACUUAGUCCCGAAACAAAUAAACCCCUUAGAGGUAAAAUGUGGAUACACUUGGCCUCCAGAACUUGCAGCUCAUUUUUUUAAGCAUUUAUACAUGUAAAAAUGUUCCUCCUCAAAUUCCUUGAUUAUCCUGAUUUUUUAUUUAAAACACGAGUGCCAGGAGUACAGAGCGUUUCGACCAUGGCAUGGAACAGGGGCUGGAGGUUUAGUCCUGCCUGUGCCCUCUGGAAAACAUCCCAGGGAUACAUGGACUAGGAUAAUACCUUAAAGGAUGGAGACAAACGAGGUCCUUUAAUGUCUGUCAAUUCAGAAUUUCCAAAAAUACUGUUUAAAAAUUGUUCAUUCCCCAGCUUUGUGUGUUUUAAGGUCACCCCGAAGCCUCACAACUGUGACUGUGUGGAGGCAGAGGAAAAACUUCCCUGAGGAAGUUUUGCAAAGUGACUGUCCCUUCCCUUUUCCUUCCUUUUUUUUUAAUCAAAAAUCAAUGUUUUGGACAACAAACCGAGUAUUUUUUUGUACGAAAGGAAACCCCCCUCCAGCAUUACUUCCCCUUUUAUUUCCUCUCCCCACUCCUGCCUUUAAACACUCUGCUUUCCCCAAGCGAAGCUGCGUGGCUUUGGGGUGGGUGGGUGUGUUUUGGGACUGAUGGCUCUGACCCUGUCUCCGAGCACCCCCCUCACCCCCAACGCUCCUCCUUUUGCACAUUGCCCUUGAGGAAAGAAACUCCAUGAAAACGAUGCAAAAACUGGAAUUUUUUGCAAUAUUCUCAAAGAUGAUAAUCUUAAUUUUCGCUCAUUCUGUGACACGUGCGACUCCUACGAAAGCCAUAAUUAGUGGUUCCUUUGAUUUUUGUAGAUCCUGAAUUGUGUUUUGAAUUUCAGUCUUUUUUUUCUUUAGCCCCCCCCAGUCAGAGUGCUGUGUGUAUGCUUUCAUAUAUAUUUAUUUUUCAACGUGCUUUAAACCUGUCUACAAAAAUAAAGCUGAACAAACACAAAAAAGGAUGGUGUUUGAAGAUUGUUGAUUUUUUUUUUUUCUGGGAAUAUUCUAUAUUAUACUGACUUUAUAUUAAUUAUUAUAAACCUGUGUUUGUAUUGAAGAUGUGUUUAAUAUUUUGGGGAGGUUGAGGAGAUUUCUUAACCAGAAGUCAGUGGGAGAACAUGCUGUGUUGUACUGAUUUUCUGUCGAUGUAGUUCAGGUAAAUCUGAGUUUAUUUUCUAGUUGCUGCCCGGUUCCUUGCCUGCCGGGGGCUGCCCCUCGGAUAGAACCUUUGUGAUGGGAUUUAGCUUAGACAAACCUGCAAAAAUCAAUCAGUUUCAAUAAAUUGGGAAAUUGCUGCUACGA